AUGCACUGGGCUGCGCAGACGUUUGUGCCGCGGCUGCUGGGCCAGGAGAAGUUCAUCUUUGAUGAGCUCGUGUCGUACGUCUGGACCCACACCCUCGUGGCCAUCGCGCGCGCGCGCGCGCCGGCGGGCCCGAGCGCCAACAAGCGCGGCGCCCACGAGGCUGCGCUGCGCAAGUGGCUUGAGGCGCUGGAGGCGGCCAACUCUCAGCUGCACGGGCUGGGGCGGGAGGGGCACGUGCACACGCUGCGGCAGCAGGUGCUACUCGAGCUGCUCAAGCGCAUCGACGCGCUGCUGUUCCACUACCUCGUAAACCCCGACGCCGCCGGCUCCGAGGCCUCGGGCGGCGCCACCGACGAGGCCGGCAGCGGCGCGGGCGUGGUGAUGGACGCGCGCAACCCCAACAUGCCGCUGCUGGACGAGAGCAUGCUGUUCUUCACGCGGGGGGCGCUCACGUUUGGGACGGGCAUGCAGCUCAAGAUGGCGUGCACGCGGUGGGCGGCGCGCGCGCGCGCGCGCGCGCGUGCUGCAGCAGUGGGCGUUUGGCGACGGCGGGCUGCGGGACAUCUGGGCGCAGCUGCCUGA